AUGUACAAUCAUAGAUUUCAACCAAACCUCAAUACUAUCAACGAUGAGAAUGCACCAUUUCCACAUAAUGAAUUUGCAACACCACCAAAAUCUCAACAUUCACCAAUUAAAAGACAAUUUAGAACACCACCAAAACCACCAACUUUAACACCACAACAUACUGGAUUAUCAUCAAAUUCCCCAUUGAAAACAUAUUCAUUAAAAUCAAGAGCUGCUUCAAUUAAAAGUUCAUUACCACCUCCACCAGCUAUACAACCUGCAACUGUUGCACUUAUUGGUGAUUCAAAUUGUGGUAAAACAAGUCUUAUUCAUACUUAUCUUUAUAAAACUUUGAAAACUCCAUCAAAAUCAAUUUUAUUUGAAACUUAUAAGAAAAUUAUAAAAUUUAAUAAUAAUACAUCAGUUGAAUUAUCAAUUUGGGAUUUUCCUGGUGAUGAAUAUUUUGAUAGAUUUAGACCAUUGGCUUAUGCAAAUGCUAAAGGGAUUUUGGUUUGUUUCACAUUAGAAAGAAUGGAUUCAUUAAAAAAUGUUGAAGAAAGAUGGUUACCUGAAUUGAAAACUCAUUGUCCAAAUGCUGUUAAAAUAAUGGUUGGUUUAGGAUCUGAAGUUAGAUAUGAUAAGACCAAAAACUCUACAAUCCCAUCAUUUGAUCAACUUUAUAAAAUUUCCAAAAAAUUAGGUUGUAAAUAUAUGGAAUGUUCAUUAAUUGAUCAAGAAAGUUAUUCAAAUAUUUUCAAACAAUUGGCAAUGUUAUGUGUUGGUGUUGAAGAUGAUCCAAUUGAAACCAAUGGAGUAUCACCAAUUCAUUCAAAUUUGAACAAUUUAUCAAUACCAAAAACAAGAUCAUCAAAUACAAGAUCUAAUACAAGGGCAAAUACAAUGUCAAAUAUUCUUUACCUUGAUGAUAUCCAACCACCACCCGAGAAAGAAGAAGCACCACAACCAAAGCAGAGAGUAACAUCAUAUCGUAAAAGAAGAUCAAUGAUUGGUUGUUCAAUUGUAUAG